AAAAAAAAACCUUAUUAAUUUGUGGUACUUCCUUCUUCGUAGCCAGUUAAUCAUUGAUCUAAAGGUGUUACUGAAUCGAAAACUUAUAAAGUUAUGGUUCUUUGAUUUUUUUUGUUUAGUGUUAUAUCGAUUGAGUUAAUUACCUAAACUAAAAUGACUGAAUUUUUAAAAGGUCUAUUUCUGACACUUUUAUCGGAAAAGUGUUACGAUGAAUAUUUCAAUAAAUAUAACUUUCUUGAUGUACCAUGCUUUAAAUCCACUUUGAGCAAAGGUCUCGGUAUCGGCAUAAUCGCUGGAUCAAUACUGGUCAAAGUCCCACAGAUUUUGAAAAUUCUGAGCAGUAAGAGUGCUGAGGGAAUAAAUAUUUAUGGAGUUUACCUGGAAAUAUUUGCGAUUACUGCCAACUUUGCAUAUAGUUAUAUUAUGGGUUUUCCAUUUAGUGCAUGGGGUGAAGGUACAUUUUUAGCUGUACAAACGGCUAUAAUUGCAGUACUUGUCUUGCAUUAUGGUGGAUCUCCUGCGAAGGCCACACUGUUUUUAGCAACAUAUGUGGGAUUGGUGUCCAUACUCAUUAGUGGAUACACUCCCAUCCCUCUAUUGUGGAAUAUGCAAGCUUUUAAUGUUCCUAUUAUAUUACUGGCAAAGUCAAUCCAAGUAUUAACCAAUUACAAGAAUGGGAGUACUGGUCAAUUGUCAGCAGUUACCUGCUUUUUAUUAUUAGGUGGCAGCAUAGCAAGAAUUUUCACAUCUGUUCAAGAAACGGGAGAUUCAAUAAUCAUUCUCACAUACUGUGUCUCAACAAUUGCUAAUGGUGCAUUAGUACUACAAUUAUUUUGGUAUUGGAAUGUUGGAAAACCUAAUAAGAAUGUUAAUAAGAAGAAAAAGAAACGAACAUAAACUUGUUCAUAAACUUUGUCUUUAAAUCAAUUUGAAAUAUAGACACUAAUUAUAAGAUUUAAAUUGUUAUUUUUUCCUUUAAUAUUAAAUCUAGAGUGGCCUUUAAUAUUAAACCACAUCCAUUGCUCAAUAGAAUUAUUUACUUUUGCUAAUUACUAAUUUAAUUUGAAUCAUGCGUUAUUAUUACUAGUGGUAUACAUACCCAAAUAAUACCAUAAUUACAGUAGUUCUUAUAAUGGGUACUGAUUUCUCAAUAUAAAUGCUAAAACAAUCUCAUUAUUCUUUGUAGGGGGUUAACUCGGAAAAAA